AUGUCGGGCAUACCGCGAUAUAACAAUGCACCACUAAAUGCGCGAUCGGGUGUCCCUGUCCCUCCCACCGGGCCUCCAACAACCUCUCAAACAGCCGCACCUGCAUCAACAUCAGAACCUAUGAGCAACCAUAACCCCACCACCACAUCAUCUUCAUCCUUCUCGUAUCCCCGAGCGCAACCCGCAGCUGCCGUACCCCUUCCUACCGGGCUUUCAAAUUCUCAACGUUACGCGCUCCCCGCUGCAGCAGUCACAACCGCAAAAUUACAGCCAACGCGCACGAUAAAAGAUGAUUCCGACGUACCUCCUGCACCGCAACCAGCUGCUUUUCCUAAGCCGACUACUGGGUUCGCGGAAAAUAGGUCUGCGUCGCAAACUAAAACUGUACCUCCGAGAGCGGGGUCUUCGUAUGCAGUUUGUAACGAUGCGUCUACUACGAUGCCACAAAAUACAAGUGUGGGGCAAGUGGGGAUGGAGAAGAAUAAUUCAGCAUACCCUCCUCAAAUGAUGAUUCCGCCGCCAAGUAUCACUCGCACACCGUUUUCUUCUACGGUGACUGCUGAUGCGGUCACGGCAGCGAAGACUAUGCAUCCUCAACCGGUUUCUGUUAGGGAGGCAUAUGCUCCUUUUGCACAGCAGGAUAAGGAGGGUUAUGCACAUGGAUAUGGAUGUGAGAGACGUAGUUUGGAAGAUAGGGGACAGAUGGAACAUAGGGAACAUAUGGAACAUUUGGAACAUCCACCGGGAUAUGUGCAGAAUGCGUACGCGGCUGAAAUGAGUAGUGAUCAGAGGAGAGCAAUGGAUAUUUAUGAGGGACAAGAGGGGAAUGGUGGGAAUGGUGCGGCUGGUGGCGCGGGUGAGGAGGGGGGUAUUUGGGGGAGUGCGAAGAGGUGGGUUGGGAGUGCGGGGAGUAAGUUGAGUGAGGGGGAGAGAGAGGUUUGGAGGAGGAUUAAUCGGGAGUAG